CUACACCCGUGUACACCCCUAGAGUGGACUAUAAGAGUUGCUGACUUCUAGAUUAACUCUCAGAAACCAUCAAAGACGAUAUGUCAUCUGGCUUGGAAGAUUGGGUGAAGCCCCUUUAUGUUAUUUUAGCCUUCUGCGCUGCCCUCUCUUUGGGCGCACUCAAAAGUUUGUUGGUCGGUCCAAUUGCUGGCCUCAUUUUGAUCAUAGGAAACCUUGGGGUUAUUCUACUCCUCUUCCCUGCACACGCUUUCUGGACCGUUCACGCCAUUAUCAAGACAAAGAGGUUUGAUGCGCCACUUAAGGUUGCUUUCCUGGUUGGUCUGCCGGUUUUGCUGACCAUAUGGGUGGGUUUGAGCAUAGCUGGAAGUGUUCUUGUGGGGGUUGGAUAUGGCUUCUUCACCCCCUGGGUCUCUGCUUUUGAGGCCUUCAGACACGAUGAUGUGUCCAAGAGGUUCAUCCAUUGCAUUGUGGAUGGUACGUGGGGGACAAUCAAAGGGAGCUGUACCGUGGUACGAGAUUUCGGUGAUUUUUGCUACCAUUCAUAUCCACUCUACAUGAAAGAGCUGCGUGAAUCGCCAGCCUCUCUUGACCUUCAACCUUUCAGCCUUAAGGACAAGGCAUGUGUGGUUUAUAUCAUUUUUCUUAUAUGUAUAAAUCUAAACCGCACAAUUUCAUCUUUCUCAAACUCAUCUCAAAAAGAAAAUGAGAACAUUAAAUUUAUACACGUGCCGGGAUGUAUAAUGGUCGGGCUGAUGGGCCUAGUUGUGGAAAUUCCUCUAUUCACGGCAAUAGCGGUGGUUAAGAGCCCAUACAUGCUGGUAAAGGGAUGGUACAGAUUGAUCCAUGAUCUGAUAAGCCGGGAAGGCCCAUUCUUGGAAACAGCCUGCAUACCCAUUGCUGGGCUGACAAUACUCAUGUGGCCACUUGUUGUUCUUGGGAGCAUCAUCCUCUCUGUUUUUUCAAGUUUCUUCAUCGGCCUACACGGAGCCGUUGUUGUUUAUCAGGAAAGGUCUGUCCGGAGAGGUGUUGCAUAUGUCAUUGCAAUGGUGGCAGAAUUCGACGAGUACACAAAUGAUUGGCUUUAUCUUCGCGAGGGGUCUUUCCUCCCAAAGCCACGGUAUAGGAGAAAGAAGGGUUCUGACACAACAGAGUUGUCUGUUAGAAGAAACCGUUUCAGUCAAGGAAAACUAAAUGCAGUAUUCGGCGAAGCACCUGCAUUGCUAGUGCCCAGCUUGACAUCAUCAAGAUCUGUCAAGGAGGUUAUACAAGAAGUGAAGAUGGUUCAGGUAUGGCAAAACCUGAUAAAGACUUGCGAGAUAAGAGGGAAGGAAUUACUUGAUUCAAACGUGAUCACGCCAGCUGAUCUUGAAGACUGGGUGAGGAGGGUCAAGAAACACGAAAACAGUCAUGCUUGUGACAUCAUAAACAUUGGGUUGCCAUGUUACACAUUCUUGCAGAUCAUAUUGUCCUCCAUCAAGGCUGGAUCAGAAGGGCUGGUUCUUCUUGACAAUCUUGAGAUCACCUAUCUCAACAGACCCCAAGACCGGUUGCUGGAGUGGUUCUUCCAACCAGUCAUGGACCUCAAAGAGCAGAUCAAAGUCUUGUCUUUGUCUGAAGGGGAGAUGCGAUUCCUUGAGAAAGUUGUGCUCUUGGGAGGCAAUGCUGACCGAUUUCGCGCUUGGGAAAAUGGUGGGUCCACUCCUCAAGACUUGCUUCGUGCUGCUCAAAUCGAAGGCAUCAGUCGAAGAAUGGUGGGAAUGAUAAGAAGUGUAUCCAAGUUCCCAACGUAUAAACGAAAGUUCAAACAGAUUGUGAAAGCGCUGUUUUUGCAUACUAUGAAAGGGGAGAGUUCAUCAAGAUCCAUUACUCCAUAUUCAUUUCAAAAGGCAGCUGGAGCCUCCAACAGGGGAUCAGUGUCCACUAGAUCAGCUCCAUCUCCUGAGAUUGUAUAAAUACAUGCUCUAUAAUGUAUAUAGUUUGUCUUUCACUUUGAUCGUUGAUUGUAUUUGGCGAUUAAUUUUGUGUAUAGAUAAAUAAAAAAACAUAGUUUCCAGG